AUGCCUAGGUACGCAAUCCUCGGCGCGACCGGCCAAAACGGCGGGCACGUCCUCCAGACGCUUCUCGAUCGACCAGACGCGAAGAUCCGGGCUUUCGUCCGCUCCAAAGCGAAGCUCGAGAAGCAACACCCACAAAUCAACCGUCCAGAGAUCAAGACCAGGCUUACCAUGUACGAGGGCAGUAUCACCGAUGUCGACGUCCUUGCAUCCUGCCUCCGCGGCACCGACGCGGCAUUCCUCUGUGUCGCCGCAAUAAACAGCCAGCCGGGCUGCCACAUCGCGCAAGACCAGGCCACCAAUGUGGUGGCCGCGCUCGAGCGGAUCCGAACCAGCGACGGCAAGAACAGGCGCGACAGCGGUGUCGGCGGUAUCGACGGUUCGAACACUGCCAGGCUGCCGACGCUAAUCAUGCUCUCGUCCGCUGCGACGGAAAGCAAGCUCGAUGACGUGCCAUGGGUGUUGGAGAAGAUCCUCUUUGCAGCAAAUUACCACAUCUACAUAGAUCUGAUCAAGGCCGAGGAGUAUCUCCGCCAGCGCGCGGACUGGGUCGACGCAGUGUACUUCAAGCCUGGUGGCAUUUCGGAUGAUGAGGCCACCGGGCACGUGUUGUCGACAGAGAAAUGUCAGACGUUUGUCAGUUACUGGGACACCGCGGCGGGGAUGGUUCAGAUUGCAGACGAUGGGGAGCGCUGGCAUGGGAAGAGCGUGAGCGUGCAGAGCAAGAGGAAGGCGAGGCCGCAGUAUGAGAAUUUGCCUCUGCUGUUCAAGGGCUUGCUUGUGUAUUUGUUUCCCUUCCUUUACAGUUGGCUCUUUUGA